UUUGAGUAAACACUUGAACGCAGCACCACUGCCUACUAUCGGCCUCUUCGUCAUAUCGCGAUAGAGAGCAUCAGGCCACGGAGCUAACGCUGAGCAACAUGGCGGAAGAGGAGGUGGCCAAGCUGCAGAAGCACCUGGCCCUGCUCAGGCAAGAAUAUGUGAAGAUGCAGCAGAAGCUGGCCGACACAGAGAGGCGCUGUGCCGUGCUUGCUGCCCAGACCUCUGGCCAGGGUUCCCCUGCUGCAGACACCUUCAUUAGCCGUCUGCUGGACAUUGUGGGCGACCUCUAUCAGCGGGAACAGUACAGUGAUCUGAAAGUGAAAGUGGCAGGGGAGAAGCUCAGUGCCCAUAAGUUUGUGCUGGCUGCUCGCAGUGAUGUCUGGAGUCUGGCCAACCUGGCCUCCACCUCUGAAUUGGACCUAUCUGAUUGCAAACCUGAGGUUGCCAUGGCAAUGUUGCGCUGGGCAUACACCGAUGAGUUGGAAAUCAGUGAGGAUGAUGCCUUUCUUAUUGACUUGAUGAAGCUGGCCAACCGCUUCCAGCUUCAGCUGCUCAGAGAGAGGUGUGAAAAAGGCGUCAUGUCCUCGGUGAAUGUCAGGAACUGCAUUCGCUUCUACCAGACAGCUGAGGAGCUAAAUGCCACCACUCUGAUGAACUAUUGUGGGGAGAUCAUCGCCAGUCACUGGGAUGAUCUGAGAAAAGAAGAUUUCAGCACCAUGAGUGCCCAACUUCUGUACAAGAUGAUCAAGUCUAAAACAGAGUAUCCUCUCCACAAAGCCAUCAAAGUUGAGCGAGAAGAUGUGGUCUUUCUCUAUCUCAUCGAGAUGGACUCACAGCUACCUGGCAAGCUGAAUGAACUGGACAAUAAUGGUGACCUGGCACUAGAUUUGGCUCUCUCACGUAAAUUGGAAAGUAUUGCUACCACUCUGGUUAACAACAAAGCCGAUGUGGACAUGGUAGACCAGAGUGGCUGGAGCCUUCUCCAUAAGGCCAUCCAAAGAGGUGAUGAAUUUGCAUCCAUCUUCCUGAUUCGCCAUUCGGCUCAGGUGAAUGCAGCCACAGUGGGGGCAGUGGAAACCCCGCUUCACCUGGUCUGCUCUUUCAGCCCCAAGAAACACUCUGCAGAAGUGAUGAGCGGCAUGGCACGAAUCGCAGAGGCUCUGCUCAAGGCAGGAGCCAACCCCAACAUGCAGAACAGCAAGGGCAGAACUCCGUUGCAUGAAGCUGUGGCAUCAGGGAACGAGCCAGUGUUCAACCAGCUACUACAGUGCAAACAACUUGACCUGGAACUCAAAGACCACGAGGGCAGCACCGCUCUGUGGCUGGCCCUGCAGUAUAUCACCGUGUCUUCAGACCCCUCAGUAAACCCAUUUGAAGACGAUGCUCCAGUAGUGAACGGCACCUCAUUUGACGAGAACAGUUUUGCAGCCCAGCUUAUCCAGAGAGGAAGCAAUCCUGAUGCACCUGACACUACCACAGGCAACUGUCUCAUGCAGAGAGCAGCUCGGACAGGCAAUGAGGCAGCUGCUCUUUUCUUAGCUACUCAUGGAGCAAAGGUCAACCAUGUCAACAAAUGGGGUGAGAGCCCGCUUCAUACGGCAUGUCGCUAUGGCCUGGCAAGCCUAACCGCAGAGCUGCUCCAGCAGGGGGCCAACCCCAACCUGCAGACCCAGAAGGCGCUACCUGAUGACACUCUUGGUGUGUCUAUGCAGACCCCCCUCCACUUGGCCAUUGCUCACAACCACCCAGAUGUGGUGUCUGUCAUCCUUGAGCAAAAAGCCAAUGCACUUCAUGCCACCAACAACUUCCAGAUCAUUCCAGACUUCAGUCUCAAAGACUCCAUGGACCAGACAGUGCUGGGCUUGGCCCUCUGGACAGGUAUGCACACCAUAGCAGCUCAGCUGCUGGGCUCAGGGGCCUCUAUCAAUGACACUAUGUCCAAUGGACAAACCCUGCUUCACAUGGCCAUCCAAAGACAAGACAGCAAGAGUGCCCUCUUCCUUCUUGAGCAUCAGGCAGACAUCAAUGUUAGGACCCAGGAGGGACAAACAGCACUACAGUUGGCCAUCAGUAACCAGCUGCCACUGGUGGUGGAUGCUAUUUGCACAAGAGGAGCUGAUAUGUCUGUGGUGAAUGACAAAGGGGACCCUCCACUGUGGCUUGCCCUGGAGAAUGGCCUGGAAGAUAUUGCAUCCACACUGGUCCGCCAUGGCUGUGAUGCAACAUGUUGGAGCCAAGGGCCCUCUGGCUGCCAGCAGACUCUCCUGCACAGAGCUGUUGAUGAGAACAAUGAGGUCUCCGCUUGCUUCCUCAUCCGCAGUGGUUGUGACGUGAACAGUAGCAGACAGCCAGGCCCUAACGGGGAAGGAGACGAAGAGGCCCGAGAUGCACAAACGCCCCUCCACCUGGCAAGCAGCUGGGGAUUGGAGGAGGUGGUGCAGUGCCUUCUAGAAUUUGGAGCUAAUGUUAAUGCUCAGGAUGCAGAAGGCAGAGCUCCCGUCCAUGCUGCCAUUAGCAGCCAGCACAAUGUCAUCAUACAGCUCCUCAUUUCCCACCCAGACAUACGUCUAAACAUUCGUGACCGUCAGGGAAUGACCCCUUUUGCCUGUGCCAUGACGCACAAGAACAACAAGGCAGCAGAGGCCAUCCUCAAGAGGGAACCAGGUGCUGCUGAACAGGUGGACAACAAAGGACGUAAUUUUCUCCAUGUGGCUGUGCAAAAUUCAGACAUUGAAAGUGUCCUGUUCCUCAUCAGUGUCCAAGCCAAUGUUAACUCCAGGGUUCAGGAUGCAGCCAAACUCACCCCUCUCCACCUGGCUGUCCAGGCGGGAUCUGAGAUCAUUGUCCGCAAUCUGCUGCUUGCUGGAGCCAAAGUAAAUGAGCUGACCAAACACAGGCAGACGGCGCUACAUUUGGCUGCCCAGCAAGACCUUGCCACUAUUUGUUCUGUGUUGCUGGAGAAUGGUGUAGACUUUGCUGCUGAGGAUGAGAAUGGAAAUAAUGCUCUGCAUCUGGCUGUGAUGCAGGGCCGCCUUAACAAUGUCAGAACCCUUCUUACAGAGUCCAACAUCGAUGCUGAGGCCUUCAAUCUCAGGGGUCAGUCACCAAUGCAUGUGCUAGGUCAUUAUGGGAAAGAGAACGCUGCUGCCAUUUUUGAGUUGUUCCUGGAGUGUAUGCCCGAAUACCCUCUGGACAAACCAGAUAAUGAAGGGAACACUGUUUUGCUCCUGGCCUACAUGAAAGGAAAUGCAAACCUGUGCCGUGCCAUUGUGAGGGCUGGUGCUCGACUGGGCGUCAAUAAUAAUCAGGGCAUCAACAUUUUCAACUACCAAGUUGCAACAAAACAGUUGCUCUUCCGCCUUCUAGACAUGCUGUCCAAAGAGCCCCCUUGGUGUGAUGGGUCCAACUGUUAUGAAUGUGCAGCCAAGUUUGGUGUUACAACACGUAAACAUCACUGCCGCCACUGUGGGCGCCUGUUGUGCCACAAGUGCUCUAUAAAGGAGAUACCCAUCAUCAAGUUUGACUUGAACAAGCCGGUGAGGGUGUGUGACAUCUGCUUUGAUGUACUAACUCUGGGUGGGGUAUCAUAAUGCAGUGGCCGGGAUAUCCUCCACCCUCUGCCACUGGCCAUGCCAGGCCCAACUUGGCACAAUUAUUCAGGCACACCAGGAGAGGGGACAUCAGUAGCAGGACAGACUUAACUAACGAGAUUCCCGGACAGCUAUGGACCAUCACCUUUAUACUAUUCCAAUCUAUGAAAAACUAUUAAUGUUCUAGAGGAAUGUUUCUAAUAGAAAGUGAAACAUUGUC